UAGGAAUACAGUUUUCUCACAUGAAUUGCACAAGUCCCUGUGAACAGUCAAAACAUGUAACUUAAGCACCUUAAUGAAUCCUAAUCGUGACGCAGCGGUCUACAUUCACUCAGAGUAACUCAAGAACCGCUUUAAUGAUGCAAAGCAGAUGUUUAUUCAGAUGUUCCUAGUAUUGUAAUAUAAAGUAACUGCUAAAGACAAACAAAAAUCAAAUAGUAGUGUGUACAUGUGCACAUUAUUAUAGAUAUUGGUGGUAUGCCACAUAUUUGAAAUAUGACCUGAAAAACAUCUGUAGCACAGGCAUGAUCCACUUACAUUUAUUUUUAGUGAUAUCUGUGCAGCUCUAUAGCACGACACACAAACAUACAUGCUGACGUCACAGCAGUGUGAUUUUCCUCUCGUUUCAUAUUAACACUGAAUACAGUAUUCAUCUAUCAGUGAACUGACAGUUGUUUAGCUAGAGUAUAUAUGAGAGCAUCAACAGAUGAACCUGUUUAUCUUGUACAUGAGGGAGGGCUCGAGAAAGAGGUGGGGAAACCCUUUGUGGGUGGGGCUCUGUGCACCUUCUGCUUCUCCAUUGUUGAAUGGCUACAUCACUCAACCGUGGUGUUUACUGAUUGGUCAGAUAAUUGUGGGCCGCACUAUCAGUAUUCCGCUUAGUCACUUGAGUGAGUCUGUGAAAUUGAGCAGUCUCAUGCAGCUUCUCUCUCAGCGCACUGUUGUUCUCCAGGAAUCGAGUAUCUUUUCACCUCCGAACCCAGAACACAGUGAUAUCAAACACAGAUUCCAGAUGGAAGAGGCAGAUAAAGUUUCCUCCACUUCAGCUGGUGAGAGUCCUGUUGAGCCGCUCGCGACCGUCAAUCAAACACAAUCAGAGGAUGCGAGGGAAAACAUGCCACACGCGGAGGAUAUACAUCAGGAGAUAAAAGAGGACAACACAAACACUGCUUCACAGAUAUCUGAGGAAAACAUUACUUCUUCACCUGCCACUGAAGAACCCAUUAAUACAAAUGAAAUCAAUGAAGUCUCCAUCAGUCCAGAAGAAACAUGUCAGACAUCUGAGGAAACUAUCAGCCCACAGUCAGCAGGAAAAAUCUUCACUCCAGAGAGAGCAGAAGUCACAUCAUCUACAGAGGGAACUGAAGCAACAUCAUCUGCACAGAUACAUGAAGAAAGCAUUGAAACUCCUCAGGGAUCUAAAGUAACAUCUACUGAGAUACCAGAGAAGAGUUCAGCAGCAGAGAUCUCAGAGGUCAAUAAUAUCACACCACAUGCAGCGGAAGUGUGUGUCGCUCCUCCUCCAGCAGCAGCAGAAGUGUGUGUCGCUCCUCCAGCAGCAGCAGCAGAAGUGUGUGUCGCUCCUCCUCCAGCAGCAGCAGAAGGAGUUGAGGUGGAGUUGAGCAGCUCGACUGAGAUUCAGACGCUUCACACAGACACAGAGAGCAGCAAUCUCUCGUCUGAAGACAUUCAGAAACAUUCACACACUCUUCAUCCGUCAUCUUAUGAACCCGCUCCUGCCCUCGUUUCUCCUGCCGCUCCUGCUCUCUUUCAGUCUCCGUUUUCAUCAGACCUCAAGCAUUCUCCACCCGUAGCUUCACAGGCCAGCACUUGUCCUACUAUGGAUUCAUUCAGCAAGGAUGCAGCAGGAUUCGACCGAAAUGUGCUGAACCAGUCAGAUGAUGACUUCAUGUUUGAAAUUAAAAAGAGUCCUUUUCAGGCAUUUUCACCUGUUAAUGACGUCAGCGACAGCCUCGAAGACACAACAGCUGCCAGAAGGUCUGUGGAGGUGUCGGAGAGUCCAUCUCCAGACCUGGAUCAGGAUGCCUAUGAUAGAGAUGAAGAUAACAUGGAGCCCCAGGAAAUCCAACAGGAUUUAGUUUCUGACACAGUAGUUUCCCAUUCAUUUGUGCAGCAACUUGCUUUAUCUGACCUUUUUUCAAAUGUGAACAAAGAGUCUGACAACCGGCCGAUGUCUCUCCCAGAUAUCCUGAAAUCUUCACCGCUUAACCCUGACAAGAUGGACUCGGGGUCUUCGGAAGGAAGUCCUGAUUUUAGCCCUGUUCACAGAUGUAAGAAUGAAUCCCCAAAUUUCCCAUUCUCUGCACCUGCAACCAAUUUGUUUGGAUUUGACUCCAAGAUUUUGCUGCUGAAGGAGAUGGCUGAGGAGACGGAGGCAAAAACUGAGGAAAAUGCAAAACUGGAAGUGGAGAAGAUUUUAGAGCAAAGUUUUGUUGCCUUUGAUCUUGUUAAAGGGACUGAUGUGCCUCCAAAAAGCGACGGCCUAAUGAAGGACAAAGAUGAUUCUGACAUGUCAAGCCAAACUUCUGUUCAAACGGUGGACAAAUUUGAAUGUCUUAACUUUCCAACCAGAAAGGCUCAAGAACUCUCUGAUUCUGAGAGUCCUUCUGCAGAUUUGUUCUCUCCAGUGCUUGAUACAAUGGCAAAAAAUCCUUCAAGUUUCCCCGUAGAGCAUGAGCAGCUUGACAGCUGUGUCAAGGAGGAGAAUGAAGCCAGUGAUGAGGUGUCGGAGCAGGAGGUCUCAUCUGAAGAGUUUGAGUUUGUGGAGAGGCCACAACAAGGCACAGCUGAUGAGUUGCUGGAAAUGCAGGAGAGUUCAGCAUUCAUGAAACCAUCAGAAAUGCUGACGGAUGAAGACUGGUCACCAAAAGUGGAUCCUCAGGUUACAGAUCAAAUGCCUGCAACUCAAGAUGCAAACUGUCAAAGCUCUGACCACCUUCUCACCGAGCUGUCAGACAAAUCCUCUGCUGGGAGUAGAAAGGCCGGCCUGGAAUUGGAUGUCCAAGAAGUGUCUCCAGCUCCUCUAAUCCAUUCUCCUGCUGACACAACUGGGGCUGAGAAGAAGGAAGCCAGAGUCGGCAACAUAUCCAACCUGAGAGCAGCAGCAGUUCUGGAGCUGGUGCGCUGGCGUGAUGUGCGGUCGAGCGCUGUGGUGUUCGGCUGCAGUCUCGUGCUCCUCCUGUCUCUCAGCGUGUUCAGCAUCAUCAGUGUGCUCUCGUACCUGUCGCUGGCGCUGCUGUCCAUCACCAUGUCCUUCAGGAUCUAUAAGGGAGUCCUGCAGGCCAUCCAGAAAUCUGAGGAAGGACAUCCGUUCAAACAGUACCUGGAGCAGGAUGUGUCUCUGUCAGACGAUCUGGUGCAGAAGUACAGUGACAUGACUCUGAGUCGAAUCAACAAUGCAAUGAAGGAGCUGCGCCGUCUGUUCCUGGUGGAGGAUCUGGUGGACUCUCUGAAGCUUGCGGUGCUCUUGUGGAUCCUCACGUAUGUUGGUGCCUUGUUUAACGGACUCACUCUUCUCAUUCUCGGUCUGCUUGGAGCCUUCAGCUGCCCAAUAAUAUAUGAGAAACAUCAGACACAGAUUGAUCAGUACCUGUCCAUGGUGAAGAAGCAGCUGAAGGAUGUCUUGAGGAAGAUUCAAGCUACAGUUCCUGGGAUGAAGAAGUCUGAGUGAUGGCAGAAGAGCUGCGAAGAGUUUGCCGUCAUGUUCUUCUGCUCCGUUUAUUUCUUCAUUCUUCAGCUUGUUCUUAUGACCGCAUUAUUUUGAAGUAGUGCUGGUCGAUACUGAUCGUGAAACACAUAUCUGACCUCACGCAGUCAAUAAAGAAAUGUCUCACCUGGUUUCUCUUUACUUCAGAAAAUGAAAUACACUAUGAAUAUGUCUACAUUUUUUAAUUGGCUAUUUGUGGUAUUUUAGUUCAUAUGAUUUUACUGUUCAUACGAUUGACUGUAGAGUUUCCUUCAUACUCUAUCAUCUGUACUAGACAAGAGUAGAUAUGAAGAGUUCAUUUCACCUCACUGCAGGAACAUUUCUGGAUGAACACGUUUACACGCAGCUUAACUUAGAAGAAGUUAUUCUAUUUAAAUGUAUUUAUCCGUGGACCCAAAUGAUCAUCACAGGAGAACAGAUCAGUGUUUGUUAUGAGUAAUUGUGAAUGAUGCUCAUACGGUUCUUCUGAACUCUGUGGAAUGCAUUGUGACAUGUAAACGAGUACCAAUAAAGCUUCUCGAUGAAUUAUA